UACCAGAUCACAUCCUAUCAUUCACCAUACCUAGCUAUCACACCAUAAAACCCCAUAUCACACCAUACCAUGGCCUAAAUUAUCAAAGCUAGGAUACAAAUAAUUUGCCUCCAGUUCAAGAAAAUAUAUCUGUUGUUGUAGGUUUCUGAUAUAUUCAUUCUCAAUUUUUGACAGUUCUCCAGUUGACAGCCCCAUCCUGGUACAUGAAAUGUAAAAAAAUACAGAAAAACUAGAGUAAACAGAACUUGAACAGGUAAGAUAUAGCAGCUGGAUGUGACUCAAAGGCCUAACAUGAAACACUUUUUAUUUUGCAAGCUUGAUUUCCCCUUCAUGGAGCAAGUCAACAAUUCAGGACAAAAUCUGUUUGUUUAUAAAUUAUGAAGAAUGCAACUACAUUAAUCCGAUUCAAUCUUUAAUUAUAUUCAAUAAUAUUUACAUGUUUUAAUGCAGUUUAACUACCAUAUUUAUGCAUGAUUUUUUACUAUAAACAUGUCCUUAAAACCUACAGCAAUACUGGAAAACAUGAAGCAUAAAUACACCUACUUUCUGCUCGUAUCAAACGAUGCAGCGAGGCCACGGCUUGAAGAAGUUCUAAGAUCUCUGCUACUAGACUUGAGCAAUGAACCAGGGGCGCUCUUUCGCAAAGGCGAAGCUAGCAAAAGAAGGAAAAAACCCAGAGCAAAAAUAUCAGUAAUGUAACCUUGUUUCUAAGCAUGGAAAAUGUAAAUAAACUUACUAGAUCGCUUUGUUUUUGACCGGCUAAAUGUGGCCAUUUUUCAAAAUUGUGCUGUGUUUUUCUCCAAAUGGCGUCGCCCGUUGCUAGGCAAGUUGGCACUGAUCUCUAAAUACUGAUGCUGAACAUUUUCGGCACUGACCUCAUUAUUCAAACUGGAGCUUUGAUACAUCUGGCUCUGAUCUAUAAAUUAUUAGCUGGAUGGCGGAAAACCUUUCCGGAAGUUAACCUGCGAUCAGGCGGGAGGAAGUGUUUCAAAUUUCAAAACAAAAACAAAACGUGUGUAAAAUGUGUAUUAGCCUAUCUGUUCGUCAAUUUGAAGUGUGAAACGCAUAUUUUUCAUACACAAACGGUUAAUUUUAUCAAAUUUAACAACGAAGAAAACAUUAAAAGGAAUAAAUUCAGUUGUCUUGUGUCAAUACUGUAUAAAGACGAAAGUAUAAAAAAUUUCUCUUUUGUCAAGGGUUGCAAAAUUUGUAAGUAUAUUGUGAUUUCUUCUGAACGAAUUUUGUUUAAUAUAGUGCUAGUUUAUGAAUUAUGCUCAUGCAUUUUGUGUAUAGUGUUGUAUAUAAAUUAUAAAAUAUAGGUAUCAUUGUUCUGAUAUAGCUUAAAUAUCGGACAAUUUGUAUUGUACUUGCACCAGCAGAUCAUCAUUUGCAUAUCAAACAAACUACAAUAUCUCAAGAAUGAGAAGCAAUAAUGAAAAGUUGUAAAUUAACUUAUUUUACAGUUUAGUGAGUUUUUUCCAUCCAAAUAGAUUCAAAUUUUAUACUGAUUGGAGGGGGGGGGGGGGGGGGGGGUCUAACACUUAACUGACACCCAACCAAUAUUGUACUAUAUCAUAUUUUUUUAGGUGUGAUAUAAUGUACCAGCAACCGCUAUGUCAACUUCACCUGAAAAUAUAAAUUCUGAAAAAACACCAUUACUGAAUAGUGAUAUUCACGAGUCCCCUCCAAUCACGAUACGAAGUGAUUCAAGAAAUUACCCAGGAACAUCAACAACAGAGAGUGUCACACCUUGUGCUAAGUAUGGAAAUGAAGAGGAUCUCACAAAGUCUACAAUACACAAUACCAGGAGAGCCAGGAGAAAAUUGAUCAUUGCUUGUGUGAUUUGUGUAUUUUUCCUGGUUGGAGAAUUUGUUGGUGGGUAUACAGCAUAUUAUCUUGUCUAACUAAUUAAUAAUUUAAUGAAUUAUUUCAAGAAAUCAAUGCUUAAUGAGAUGUUUUAUCCACAUGCACAAAUUAAAUUUUCCUGAUUUGCAUGUUAUUAAGCUUUUUCCAUGAUUUUCCAGUCACUCAUGUGAUUUCAUACUCCAUCUUAAAAGUGUUUUCUCUCGUUCUAGGAGGUUACUUGGCCAACAGUUUAGCAAUCAUCACAGAUGCUGCCCAUCUUCUUUCUGAUUUUGCCAGUUUUCUCAUUUCAUUGUUGGCAAUUUGGUUUGCGACACGGCCGUCCACGUCGAAAUUAUCUUAUGGCUGGCAUAGAGCUGGUAAGUUCAUUUAUUGAGAAGCAAGGGCAUAGUAUAUCACAUGGGUCAGCUUCAGAAAUCUUGACACUUACAGUAGCAAUCAAACAUCUCUCAAUUCUAUUUAUUUGCUUCCAAAUACAAGACUACUACAUAUAAUGAAAAGAAUGAACAUUAUUUUCUCAUUCUGAUAACUGCAAGUUGACCCCCAUCUGCUGCACGAUACUGCUUAGUGAUGCUAACCUAUACCAGCCGAAGAUGUGUAUAAAUUAACCAUCUUCACCUGUUCUAUUUAUAGAGGUGAUGGGUGCUAUAUUGUCAGUAUUGAUCAUCUGGGUAUUGACUGGUGUUCUGGUGUAUCAAGCAAUUCAACGAAUCAUUAGUGGUGAACACCAUGUUAAUGCAGAUAUCAUGUUGAUUGUUGCUGCUUGUGGUGUUUGUGUGAAUAUAGUGUAAGUCAACAGAACUAACAGAUGAAGAUGUUUGGUACAUGGAGAUUUGAAGUGUGAAGAUGAUAUACACAGGGUGUCCACAGGCCUUGAAAAUCCUGGAAAAUCCUUGAAAAUCAGUAGAAGUCCUUGAAAGUCCUGGAAUUAAUUUCCUUAAUCUCCAGCUGUGCCAACAUUGAAUUAUUUGCUGGUCAAAUCUGUGCCAUUUUCCAUAUACCUGUAUCUUCUUUUUCCCCACGUUACCUAAUAUAUUUGUUUGUUUGUUUGUUUGUUUGUUUGUUUGUUUGUUUGUUUGUUUGUUUGUUUGUUUGUUUGUUUGUUUGUUUGUUUGUUUGUUUGUUUGUUUGUUUGUUUGUUUUUGUCUGUUUUUGUUUGUUUUUGUUUGUUUUUGUUUGUUUUUGUUUGUUUGUUUGUUUGUUUGUUUGUUUGUUUGUUUGUUUGUUUGUUUGUUUGUUUGUUUGUUUGUUUGUUUGUUUGUUUGUUUGUUUGUUUGUUAAUAGUCGUAGUUAUAGAAGGCCCAGUGUAAGAUUAGCUUUGCUAAACUGGUUUUUGUAAUACUUUCUUUAAAUAAAGUCUAUUAUUAUUAUUAUUUUCAAAGAUUUUUCCCAGUUCUAGGUCCUUGAAUUCACUGAAAAAAGGGCCUUGAAAGUCGUGGAAAAGUCCUUGAAUUUCACCUUCACCAAAGAGUGGACAUCCUGCGUACCAAUUUUAGACAUAUCCAUGAGCAGCUACGAAAAAAUGCAACCUUGCCCAAAAAUGUCGAUAACUUUAGACCAUCAUCAACUGUCACAAGAAUAUGGUUAGUGAAACCAUGUAUUUUCUGUAGGAUGGGUCUUGUGUUAGGUCAUGGUCAUUCGCAUGGUGGGAGUCACGGCUCGCAUGGUCACUCCCAUCGCAAGAGAACUAUCUCAGCGACACCCAGUGUUAAAGAACAGGCCACAGAUGAGAACGUGAAUGUCCGAGCUGCAUUUAUUCACGUGAUUGGGGAUCUGUGUCAGAGUUUGGGUGUUCUUAUUGCCGCUUUAAUAAUCAAAUUUAAGGUAACAUAGAAUACGUUAAUAUACAAACUAGAAAAUGUUUGUCAUACCAUCUUGUUUUUGUGGUGAAGUAUGCACAGACGGUUUAAUAUAGACAGACGAACAAUCUGACGAUCGAGCUAUUUGGCAGUUUGGCUUUAGUCAUUAGAUCUGGCCAACAUGAAAUAUUUUUACUGAAGAUUUUCUUUUGUUCUAGCCGAAUUGGUCUAUCGCAGAUCCAAUUUGUACGUUCGUGUUUUCCGUCAUCGUCUUAUUUACGACAAUCACAGUGUUGAGGGACGCUUUGCUCGUUUUAAUGGAAGGUAAAUCUUUUCAUCCGAACUGUUUGUUUCAUGUUAAAACAGCGUUUUCAGUUUGACUCUACUAGCUAGGUAACACUGAAUCAAUAAGAGAUGAUCCUUAGUUAGAACUGAUAUAGCUAUCCAGGUUAAAUAAAGUUAGUUUAGUGAAGUUUCCUCCUGUAGUAACACUGGAUUAAUAAGAGAUGAUUCUUAGUUUAGAACUGAUAGAGCUAUCCAGUAUAAAAUUAACUGAGUGAUAUUUCUUUAGGCACUCCGAAAGGUAUUGAUUUGAACGAGAUCAAAGAGAGGUUGGAAAAAAUAGAAGGAGUGAGGGCAUUACAUGAUCUUCAUGUUUGGUCAUUGACUGUGGGAACUACAGCGCUUUCUGCUCAUGUGGAUAUUGGUACGUUAGCUAAGCUUUCCUCAUGUAGUAACCGACAAGGGAUAUUGACAACAUGUUGACGUAUUUUUUCAUACUUCAGAAAAUCCAAGUGAAUCGCAGAGGAUUUUGGCAGAAGCGACGCAAAUAGUCGAAGCUGUAUAUCAUAUAAAACAUUCCACAAUACAGAUCGAGAAAUACGAUGAAAUGUGCGGUCCCCAAACUAUCGACACAUAAUUGAUGAAAGUGCAUAUGAGAGUUGACAGUCACGCGACCUUGGUGAGCUGUUCUUUCCCAACACUAUCAUGGAUUAUGUUUAAAUUAGAACGUAGUUAGAACACUCGCCAAACCUUUAUUUUGUUAUUCUAGGGCUUGAAAUGUCCCUUGUUACAAUUCGUCAACUCUCAUUCUCAUUUAACCCUAGGGCUUACAUGUUAGUGGCACAAUUGGCGGGAUUUCUAUUGAUGUCUUGAUUGAUGUUGCGUUGUAUUUGCCAGCCUUAUAGCAGCGUGAUCUGUACUAGCAGCGUGCAUGAUCUGUACUAGCAGCGUGAUCUGUACUAGCAGCGUGAUCUGUACUGGCAGCGUGAUCUGUACUGGCAGCGUGAUCUGUACUGGCAAUACGUUCUGGGAACAAAUCGUGUCUGAUAGUUUCGUGAUAGUUUGUCUAAUGUCGUAUUUUAUGCACAUUAUUAUUUAAUAAUUACAUAAUGUAAGAUAAAACUAUUUAUUUUGGGUUAAGUAAUUAUUUAUGCUAUUGGUUUAUAAAUGUCUUCAUUCUAUUUACAAAUGAACUAUUUAUGUGCAAUAAAUUAAAGUAUAAUAACAUGAAGUUACAGUUUUUGAUGUAUUAUAAAAUUAGGUAUAUAGGAAGUAUAUAUGUAUUAUAUACUUAUUCUUAAGGCCGUUUUCCACUAGGCGAAUUUUU